ACCAGGAAACACUCGCUCUGCAUUUGCUCAAGGGCACCACAACAGCUCCAAACCCUCAACAGACAUGUCCUCCACCAGUGAAAGGAGCUCUGAGGAGACGUUCCUAUGCUCCAUCUGUCUGGAGGUGUUCUCUGAGCCAGUGUCCACUCCAUGUGGACACAACUUCUGCCGACGCUGCAUCUCUCAGGUCUGGGACACUGAUGGGCCCUGCACAUGUCCUCUGUGUAAAAGGAGCUACGGCACAAGACCUGAGCUCAGUGUGAACACUCUGCUCAAGGAGAUGGUUUCUCAGUUUAAACUUGAGGCUGAAAAAUUGAAGUCACAAGUGUCCAAACCUGGAGAAGUCCAGUGUGACGUGUGCUCUGAGCCCAAGCUGAAGGCCCUCAAGUCCUGCCUGGUGUGUCUGUCCUCCUUCUGUGAGAGCCACCUCCAGCCUCAUCUCACAGUCUCUGGGCUGAAAAGACACCAGCUGAUGGAGCCUGUGGAGAACCUGGAAGACAGGAUGUGUCCCACACACCAGCGCCCCCUGGAGCUCUUCUGUGCCACUGAUGAGAAGAGCGUGUGCAUGAUGUGCUCCGUUCUAGAGCACAAGAACCAUGAGUUUUUGUCUCUGGAGGAGGCGUGUGAGCGCAGGAGGUCCUCUCUGCUGCAGACUCAGGCUCAGAGCCAGCACAUGGUGGAGCAGAGGAGGCAGAAGAUCCAGGAGAUCCAGAGCCUCCUGGAGCUGAGUGAGACAGAGGCCCUCAGAGAGAGGGCUGUGGGGCUGCAGGCCUUCACUGCUCUCAUGCAGUCUGUUCAGAGGCGUAUGGACCUCUUCUUAGAGGAGCUCCAGGAGAAGCAGAGCCGGAGCCACAGACGAGCCCAGGAUCUGGUGCGGCGGCUGGAGCAGGAGAUCUGUGAUCUGGAGCAGAGCGGCGCUGAGGCCGAACGUCUCUCACGCUCUCAUGACCCCCUCCACUUUCUACAGCGCUGCCCUGCACUCACGCCCCCUGCUGGGCUUAAGGAGUGGAGCAGCGUGAGCUUUGAGCCGGAGACGUGUGAGGGCAGUGUGACCCGGGCUCUGUCUGAGCUGGAGAACAGUCUCUCUCAGGAGUUUAAAGAACUGUCUUUAAGAUCAGAACUCCUCAGAGUGCAGCAGUGUGCGGUGGAGGUGACUCUGGAUCCAGACACGGCUCAUCCUAAUCUCGCUCUGUCUGAAGAUCUUAAACAGGUUCAUGACACUGGUGUGUGGAAGCAGCUCCCAGACUCUCCUCUGAGGUUUGAUAAAUGUGUUAAUGUUUUAGGAAAACAGAGUUUCUCUUCAGGCAGGUUUUACUUUGAGGUUCAGGUCAAAGGGAAAACAAAGUGGGGUUUAGGAGUGGCCCAGGAGUCCAUCAACAGGAAGGGAAAGAUCAAUCUAAGACCUGAACAUGGAGUGUGGUGCAUCGUCUUAAGAAAAAAAGAUCAGUACUAUGCUUGGUCUUCUCCUCUUGUCCCUCUGUCUCCUCAGAGAGCUCCUCAGAAGGUGGGGGUGUUUGUGGACUAUGGAAAGGGUCUGGUCUCCUUUUAUGAUGCACAUUCUGCAGAUCUCCUCUUCUCCUUCACAAACUGCUGCUUCAGGGAGAAACUGUUUCCAUAUUUCAAUCCCUGUUUAAAUGAAGGAGGAUCAAACUCUGCUCCUCUGGUCCUCACUGCAGUGGAGACUUUGAGCAGUGACAAAGUACUAAAGUAAAAGUACUGCACUUAAAGAGGAGUAUUACACUUCUAUGGAGUAUUAACUGUUAACCAGUGGAGGAAGAAAUACUCAGUUUAGUUACUUAAGUAAAAGUAUUAAAGUACCUGUUUAUAAAUGUACUUAAAGAGUAAAAAGUUAUUUCAAAAGUAUUUCUUGCAGAUUUUGAUCUAAUAAAUCUCCAAAUGUCGUGAUUUUGAUUUUGUCCAACAAAACAAUAAAUCAAUGUUUUUUUUCUCAUGUUUUAUUUGUAUAUUUUGUGUUAAAGUGGAAGAACAAAGUAACUUCAUAAGACAAAACCUGCGAGAAAUACUUUUACUUUUUACUCUCUAAGUACAUUUUUAAACAAGUACUUUAAUACUUUUACGUAAGUAAUAAAACUGAGUACUUCUGUCACCAGUGUGUGGACUUGUGGGCGGAGCCUCGUACACGGGUGAUGUAGACUUGUGGGCGGAGCCUCGUACAGGCUCGUACUGCUCACUGUGGGAGAGAUCUCUAGAUUACUCAAACAUGGACGACAUGUACAACCUCUUCAGGAACAACGUGAAAACAUGAUGAUUUUACACAAAACCUCCUCUUUAAGUAUCAUUUUGAGGCAUCUGUACUUUAUGUACAUUUUACUGUGUGUACUUUUUACUGUAUUUACUUUUUACUGUAUAUUUUGAAGUGAACUGAAAAGUACCAAGUUCCUUAAACUUUGGAACCUGAGAAAUUUUAAGGACAAUAAGAAAAAGUUCAUCUGAAUCUCUACAGUGAUGUAAAUAAACACUUAUAUGACAACUCUGUGUGUCAGAUGCCCUCCCGUCCUCCUGUCUCUGUGUCAGAUGCCCUCCCGUCCUCCUGUCUCUGUGUCAGAUGCCCUCCCGUCCUCCUGUCUCUGUGUCAGAUGCCCUCCCAUAAACUGCACUAAACACAGUGUG